GUUACAGCACCAUAGUUUAAUUUUUAUCACUCACAAAUUCGAAAAGAAAAUUCUAAAAAUAUUUUCUGAGAAGAAAAGGGUGUUGAGAAUUAGUGAUACUGAUGAUGAUUCUUUGGUUUUGAGGAUUUUUUUGGGGGGUUUUGGUGUAGAAAGGGGGGAAAUUGAGGAAAAGGGUGUUGAGGAUAAAUUAUGGUGAUGAUUCUUUGGUUCUGAGGAAUUAUUUUUGGGUUUUUUGGGUGUUUGAAGGGGGAAUUUUUUUGGGAUUGUGUGGUGUUUUGAAGGGAGAAAUUGAGGUAAAGGGGAUAUGUAUACAGGAGGUUUAGGAGGGCCAAUGAGAAAAUCAUUUAAAGAUUCUCUCAAAGUUCUUGAAGCUGAUAUUCAACAUGCCAAUACACUUGCAUCUGACUUUUCGGGGGAGUAUGAUGGUGCUUGCUUACAGAUGCGAAUGUCCUACAGUCCUGCAGCACACAUCUUCCUUUUCUUAGUGCAAUGGACUGAUUGCCAUCUUGCUGGUGCCCUUGGUUUGUUGAGAAUUCUUAUUUACAAGGUACAUGUUGAUGGCACAACAACCAUGUCAACUCAUGAAAGGAAAGCAAGCAUUAGGGAGUUCUAUGCUGUUAUUUAUCCCUCUUUAGUUCAACUUGAAAGAGGUGUCACAGACUCGGAAGACAAAAAACAAAACGCAGUUUGCCAGGAGAGAUACAAGAGACGAGAUGAUGAGGAUUACAGACAAGCUUAUGAUCUGGACAUUGAAAGGGAAGAUGAAUGUGGAAUUUGCAUGGAGGUGAACAGCAAAAUUAUCCUUCCCAACUGCAAUCAUAUAAUGUGCUUGAAAUGCUAUCGUGAAUGGCGUUCGAGGUCACAGUCGUGCCCCUUUUGCCGUGAUAGCCUAAAAAGGGUGAGCUCGGGGGAUCUGUGGGUAUAUAUGGACAGCAAAGAUGCUGUGGACAUGACAACAAUUACAAAGGAGAAUCUAAGAAGGUUGUUCAUGUAUAUAGAGAAGUUACCGUUGAUCGUGCCGGAUAAUGUUUUCGACACAUAUGAUGAUACUCAUCUAAGGUAGAGGAGAAAUGGCCUAUUGGUUAUCUUGUUGAAAUUGGUCAUAUGCAAGAUUUAGAAAAUGGAGGUUAUGGUAUUGGAUUUGGUGAUGCUGGGUUAGAUAUGAAGGUGUUGGUUCCUUUUCCACUACCUUGUGAUUAGAAGAAAUCCAGCCUGUAUUAUUGGGAGCAUAUACAGAGGGCGGAGCCAGGAUUUGAACUUUAUGCGUUCAAUCUAAAUUCUAGGAUAGUAACAUCGAAUGUUAAGUUAACUGGGGUUUAGAUUUAAUUAUGUACAUAUACAGUGCAUUUCUCUUGAGACAAAUAUGACUAAAGUUACUAAGUUCAGUUGAACUCGUGUGUUGACCUCUAGCUCCGACCCUAUUCGGGAUUGAGAAGCUAAGUUGGAUUUAGCUAAAAAGAGCUUUAUAAUCCUGA